AUGACUAGCUCUUCAACUUCCUCUCGCAAGAAUCUCAGUAAGAUUGCCUGCAAUAGGCUUCAGAAAGAACUCACCGAGUGGCAGACUAGUCCUCCUACCGGUUUCAACUACAAAGUCAGUGAUAAUCUCCAAAGGUGGGUUAUUGAAGUAGUUGGUGCUCCUGGGACACUUUAUGCUAAUGAGACUUACAAGCUUCAGGUCGAUUUCCCGGAGCAUUACCCAAUGGAAGCUCCACAGGUCAUAUUUAUGAAUCCGGCUCCAAUGCAUCCACAUAUCUAUAGCAAUGGGCAUAUUUGUUUAGAUAUAUUGUAUGAUUCAUGGUCCCCUGCUAUGACUGUUAGUUCUGUAUGUAUCAGCAUUCUCUCAAUGCUUUCAAGCUCAACUGUAAAGCAACGCCCUGAAGAUAAUGACCGCUAUGUAAAGAACUGUAGAAAUGGCAGAUCUCCCAAGGAGACAAGGUGGUGGUUCCAUGAUGAUAAAGUAUAA